AAUGAAAUCACUUCCUGUGUUGGCACUAUAAAAUGAACUAUUAAGAGUAGACAUCAUUAUAGGAACCACAGCUCAUCUGUGAAGAUGAAGAAGACGCAAGAACAAAUAAUGGAAUUAGAGGGCUUUUAUGAAAAUGAUGUCAGAAAUAAUGGCACAACUGGACGUCAGAGACACUGCCGGGAUGAAGGACAAGCUAGAAAUCGCAAAGGAAGUCGAUGUUUGGUGCUGACCACAGUGUGUCUCGGGAUCCUUUGUCUUCUUCUGAUUCCUGCCAUUAUAUAUCAGCACAUUAAGGGUGCUUCUAAAAAAGUUGUGUUUCUACUAGGAUAUGUGUGGGGUCCAGAUGGUUUGUUCAUAUCCAUUGAGCAGAAGAGCUGGUCUGACAGCAGGCAGUACUGCAGGGAUCAUGGUGGUGAUCUGGUCAUUAUCAGAACUGAAGAGAAGCAGAGGCACAUAACUUCAUUAGUCAAGGACAAUGUGUGGAUUGGUUUGUCUGACAUUGAGAAUGAGGGCAUGUGGAAAUGGGUGGAUAAUUCACCACUGAAACAAGGGUUUUGGGACGUGGGUGAGCCGAAUAACUAUCAUGGUGAUGAGGACUGCAUUGGAUUGAAUCCUGGAAUACACACCCUGAACAAUUGGGGUGAUUUUGUUUGCUCUUACAAGAGAAAAGGGCUUUGUGAGAAAAGGGGUUUGUGAGAUAUAGGGUUUUAUCAUGCUUUUACUUGCAUCUUCUGAUGGAAUCAAUCUUAUUGUGAUCAUAUUAGUUAUUAUUACAAUUCAUAUAUUUUAAAACAAUGUCAGUUUAUUUCAUCCUGUUUUAACUGCUUUCAUGUGAAAUUGCUGCACACUUUACAUCUGAUGUGUUCAUGUCUUGCUCCAUCACUAGCAGCUCUAUGUUAAUGUAAUGUUACCAAGUGUUUCAUUUGUGCACAUAUUGUAUAUAGUGGCAUUGCAUAGCAGUCUAAGCUGUCCCAGAUUAAAAUGAACCCUAAAAGGCUGAAAAUUAAAAAUCAAAGACAUAAUUACUAAACUUCAUUUUUGCUUUUAUUUCUUGCUUCAUUCAUGACUGUCAGCUUCAUUGCAUUUGAUGAAAACACGUGUUGCUGUUUUGUUAAAUAGAUACAAACACUUUUUUUUUUUAACGUUUUAACAUUUUCUUAAACUUGGACCUCCUCCUUGUUGGUCUUUUCACAUAAUCACUGAAUGACCAAUAACAUCUCAAGCACCACCAGCCUAUAAAAAUAAUUUAAAAAAUGUUUUCAGAUUUUUUUCACACUCCUGGUUUUACCUGAACCUUUGUGUGUGUUAAUAAAAAUGCGUAAAAGGAUAUCAGAACAGAUAUUGUAUUUUGAGGAUAUUUAUCAUGAAUGCAGUUUAACACUGGUUCUCUCUGGGACCCACCGCUCUGCACAUUUUGUAUUUCUUCCUUAUUUAACGCACCUGUUUCAGAUCAUCAGCGUAUUAGCAGAGAGCUCCAUUACUGAACUGAUAAGAGACAUGCUAAAUGUGCAGACCUGUGGGUUGAGAACCACUGCAAUGUAAUUUAUUUGAAAACUGGAACAGCUUGUUUUGAGACACUGUUUCUGAUUUAUGUGGAAUAUAAAAAAAAAAAGGUUAGUUAGGGUGGUUGAUUACACACACUCAGACACACAUUUACGUUUAAACACUAUGUAAAUGUACAUUUUGCAUAAUAGGCUCUACGGAUGCUUGAUUAUGGCAAAAGUUGAUCACGAUUAUUUAACAGGAUUAUUGGUGGUGAUGUGAUAUGAUCACAGUCUUAUGUCACGAUAUGAGUAAGUGAAUUUUCACAACCAUCAAUGCUUCAGCAAAAACUAAAAAGAAAAGAUACUAAGUAAAUUAAAAACAACUACAGAAGUAAACAGUAUGAAAUACAAUAACAGCAAAGAAUUAAUUACAGAAAAAAAAAAAAAAAAAAACUUUUUUAAGGUUUUUGGGAGGAUGCAGUAACAGUGGUAUACAGAUAAUUAAUAGCCUAAAACAAAACUUGCAUUGCAUACUCUUUCAUUAAAUAUAGAUUAAGUCUUACUAAAGCUACUCAGAUAUUCAGUAAAGAUUGUGUUUUUCCUUUGUCAUAUAUUGUUUAUCCCCUAAAGCAGGGGUUCCCAACCAUGUUCGUUUUUAUUGUUGCUGAAGGCCGUUGUCAUGAGAAAUUGGGCAUACGUUAAGUGCACAUACAACAUGCUUGAAAUAUAAAAUGAAUGCCUAUGUAUUGAUUAAUAAAACAAACUGGAAACACAACCAUGUCUAAAAAUGUAUUUCUUAUAAGGAUAAGGAAUGUUGCAACAUUCAUUUAUUUUACAUGAAUUAAUUGUCAUGCUAAGUACUCUGAACCAGCUUUUGAAGUACCAAAGCCUUAAUAGACUAUUUCAGCAAUUGCUUCGAAACAGAAAUUUUAAAAUGCUCAGCUACUUUUAUAAGAUCAUCUUUUCUACAUAUAUCCAAUUGUUCAG